UUCUUUCCCCAUCCAUCCCUUUCCCAACCCAUCCCUUCUCUUCCAAUCCAUCCCUUCUCUCCCGACCCAUCCCUUUCCUGAUCCAUCCCUUUCCCGAUCCAUCCCCUUGUCAGCGCCUUGGGCAGCGAUCACUGGAGCCAAAUCCCCUCUUCCUGGGAUCUGAGCUUUCCCUGGAGUUUUCCUCCUGUUUUCUUCAGCAGGAGAGGCACCAACAAACCAUGCCAGGAGCUGCUGGCCCCAGGGAAGAGUUGGGAUGCUCCUCUGGAAUUCUGCAGCCAGGACUGAAACUCCAUCCACCAUGGGGCGGUGUAGUGAGACCUCGCUGGGAGGGAGCCCCUCGGCAGGAACACCAUCAGGAAACCUUUGGAAUCCCUAUUUUCCCAAGAUUUCCUCCUUGAAAUCCCUCCUGCAAUGCCUCGUUUGUCUCCUGCAUGCCCAGGAAAGGGAGAAGCCGGCUGGAGCCUGGAGAAAUCGGGGCUGGAUCUGGCUGGAAUUGUGGAAGAGGUGAGGCCAGAGGAAGAGAAAGGAACCAUCCGACCACGUGGUGGCAACGUGGAGAUGGAGAAGGAUUGCUGUGCUUCCCUGAAGGGAUUUUCACUUCACAAGAGACACCUGAAGUUGAUUCGUGGCUUUAAAGAGGACGUUAAAAGCAGGAAAUGUGAAUAUUUUCGGCUGUGUCACCUGAGCCUGUGGAUGCCCUCAGUGGCAUGGAGCAAACAAAUGGAAAAAGCAGGAUUGAUGGAUUGGCCCAUUCUGGAGGUGCUGCCAUCCCCAAGUGUCACUGGUGAUCUCCGUGCCUGUAUCCAGCAUCCACAGAGCUGCAUCCCCGUGGUCCUUGGAUGCAGGAGGAGGUGGGAGAAGCCCACAGGUAAAGAGAGAAAUGGGAGCCAUUUCUUCCAUGUGCCAAUAAAUCCCUGGGAGACAGAUCCACCUGGCUGGAUCAGAGAGCACUCAAGCACUGCUUGCCUUGGCUCCCUGACAGGAUGCUCCAGAGCAAAGCCAGCCUGGAAGAUUAAAGGUUCACUUAACGAUUGCACAGAUGUCUCGGACACCCGAGAUGCCUCGUCCAAGCUGUGGCUUUGGAACUUCCCAGUGACAACUGGAAAAGGGGAGAUCAUCUUUCCUCUCCCACCCAGUGCCAGAUUUAGUCACGGAUGGCACUUGAGCCGUAAAUCUCCCUUAACCUGGAGCUCUGGCAGCCACGGGAGGCUGGCGGUGCCGAGGUCGUGUCGCGGAUCCCGAUGAUCCCCGUCCCUCCAGGGGGAAACGAGGCGGUUGUGCUUGGUGUGGGAUGAAUGAAUCCCAUGAAAUGACGAUGUUUGAACCCCGAGUUCUGCGCCACAGCCGUUACCCUGUGGGAGAUAAACGGGAACGGCAACGAGCUCGUCCUUCUAACGGGGGAACCCCGACCACGGCUUCAGCGUGUGCUCUGUGCUCACAGACAGCUCCACACCGGCUUUUCUCCCUCAAUCACCUCAUUCUAUCGGAUUUUCCAGAUGAAGAAUCCCUUUUUACGAGCCACUCCCCUUAAGACUGAAACACAGUUUAAUUAUCUCCCCUAUAUUUAUUUACUUCGACGCCACGCUGUCGCAGCCCUUCCGUGGAGCUGCUCCCCUCCACGGGAGGCUGGAAGGAGAAGAUUCCAGAGGAUGUGACUCAUUUGUGGUGCUGAGCUUUGCUGGGAGCAUCAGCGCUAUCCGAGGAGCCGGGAUCGCUCCCGGCUGCUCGCGCAGAGCCGGAGUGUGGCUGCAUGGUGAAUUAUUGA